GCCAUAUGACCGAGGACGCCCACAGAGCGUGGAACUCCUGGCCAGAUGUUGGCCCGCGCUUCGAGGCAAUCGCCGCUGCAUUGCAGAUGAUGCCGCCGCCACAACCAUCCCAGCUGGCGCGCACAUUGCACCAGCUGCUCGAAUGCGCAGCUUGCGAUGGAGGACCGGGGCCGCACCAGGCAGACUUGGCCUUUGCAUCCGGGCUUGAGGCCCUCCCAGCAGCUCCCCUGUCUUUGCCGGAUGCGGUCCUGCUGUGCAUGGCCCCCGACGGUUGGUUACCUUACAGCGACAGCACAAUCAGCUUCGGCAGCCGGAGCAUGGCAGAGCUUGGAUUCGAUCGACCUCUUGGAAGAAAUGCAACACCCCGUCCCAACAUUGCAGCACGCUCCGCCCUUCAUGCGCGCGGCAGUGCGCGCAGCACUGGUGCAGGCAAAGACCCACGUUCGCAGGGGCGCGCCGAACUGCUGAGCAGGGCAGCUAAGUUCCAGCGAGGCGAGUGGCCACAGCUGCUUCGGUCUGCCCGCCAAGCUGCUCAGCAGCCGACAUCCCGGAACGAGCCGCAGCAGGAUGGCGCCGGCGAACGUAAGCGCCGACGCGUCUGUGCCAAGGUGCGCCAAGCGGAGGUGUCCCGAGCGCGCCAAGUCCUCACGGCUGCCGAAAUAGCACCUGGCACACAGGCCACCUUGCGGGCCCUCACGGACCCAGCACGUCGACCUCCCGAGCUGCGCCGCGAAAUCCCGGAAGAGGUGCUGCAACACCAGCCUCAGCAACCGACCAGGUUGGCAACUGGAGCAGUGGCAUCCGCACUCCGGGAAACACACCGAGGAGGAGCAGCCGGCCUGUCGGGCAUGAGAACCGAGCAUCUCAAACUGUUGCUGCAGGACGUGGAGGCCAUGGAGUUGCUCGCGGAAGCUGCGUCCCAGUUGGCCAGCGCAGAGGUGUCACCUGACAUCGCCAGGGGGAUUUCCGCAGCCCGCCUGACGGCGCUCAGCAAGCCUGACGGGGGCGUUCGUGGCAUCGCGACCGGCGACGGUUUGCGCCGCCUGGUGUCGCGAACUUUGGCCAAGGGUUGGGCGGCCAUCUUCGAUCAGGCCAC